GUCAUGUGGCGUUCACAGUCUGCUGGAAUCCCACGGAGAGUGGAGAUUUGAAAGUGGUCUCUCGUGCGGGUUUUGUUUGUCCCGUUCAGAUUUCCAGCAUGGCGUGGACCAAAUACCAGCUAUUCCUGGCGGGACUUAUGCUGACAACUGGCUCCAUCAACACGUUGUCGGCGAAAUGGGCAGACACAUUCAGAGCACCGGGCUGCAAUAGUGACCCUGAUCAUGCAUUCUCUCACCCGUUUGUCCAGGCAGUGGGGAUGUUUCUGGGCGAGUUCAGCUGUCUGGCAGUCUUCUACAUCCUACUGUGCCACGACCGCCGCAGUCCCGAACCCCAGAUGAACCCAGGCCAGAACUUCAACCCUUUCCUCUUCUUUCCCCCGGCCAUGUGUGACAUGUUGGCCACCUCAACCAUGUAUGUUGCUCUCAGCAUGACCAGCGCCUCCAGCUUCCAGAUGCUUCGUGGCGCUGUCAUCAUCUUCACAGGUCUACUUUCUGUGGCAUUUCUGGGGCGACGGCUGCUAGCCAGUCAGUGGCUGGGGAUCCUCACAACCAUCCUGGGUCUGGUAAUAGUGGGCCUGGCCGACUUCCUCAGUGGACACCAAGACGGCAGUCACAAACUCAGUGACGUCAUCACAGGAGACCUUCUGAUCAUCCUGGCUCAGGUCAUUGUGUCUGUGCAGAUGGUGCUGGAGGAAAAGUUUGUGUACAAACAUGAUGUCCAUCCUCUGCGGGCUGUUGGAAUUGAGGGUUUCUUCGGUUUCUUUGUCCUGUCGCUGCUGCUCAUCCCCAUGUAUUUCAUCUACGUGGGCGAAUUCAGCGACACCCCUCGACAGGUUUUGGAGGACGCGCUGGACGCCUUCUGUCAAAUCGGUCACCGGCCACUCAUCUUGUUGGCCUUGCUGGGAAACACCGUCAGCAUCGCCUUCUUCAACUUCGCCGGCAUCAGUGUCACCAAGGAGAUCAGCGCAACCACACGCAUGGUGCUGGACAGCCUGCGUACGCUGGUCAUCUGGGUGGUGAGCCUGGCACUGGGUUGGGAGCAGUUCCACGGCCUCCAGGUGCUGGGUUUCUUGGUUCUGCUGGUGGGGACAGCCCUCUACAAUGGACUGCAUCGCCCUCUACUGGCCAGAAUACCUUGCUGCGCUGGGCUGGCCGGCGUAGAGGAGGAGAGCAGUGCAGGAGAAAGGGAGAGACUGCUUGGAGACGGCUCGGUGCAGGCACCUGACGAGAGCUAAAGUAGCAGCUGGUACACUUUGCACACACACACACAACAUCCUUAAGUCAAAAACACUGUACCUUUUUACUAAACACAGAUUUUAACAUCCCAUUGCAUUUUAGAAACAGGUCUUCUUAGACUAUGCUUUUUUUGGACUCCUAAAAUGUUGUUUUUAGCCAAGUAUCCUUAUUUUAAUGCAUGUUCUCACAAAGAACAUGAAACUUACUAGUCAGAAACCAUUUUAAAGCUCAGUGGGAUGUUUUAUGUGGAUUUUACUGGUAGGCUCACUGCCGUGCUGUUUUUGAAAAGAACUUUUAAUUUGUUGAAACGCAUUUUUUUAAUUGUAAUUAUUAUUGUUAGGAUUAUUUUUUUAAUGACGCUGACUGAGCAGCGAGAUCGUGCCAAAGAGUUCACAAAAUUCAAUUCCACUGCCGUGACUGGAAGGCACUAAAAUGAUUGUUUAUUUUAUGGGGGAAAUGAUUUCUGUUAUUGAAAGAGUCUGUCACUAAGAAUAAGGGAUUUGCACAAGUUGUAUUAACAGAGUGUCUACUUCAUUUCACAUUGCUGUAAAUGAAAAAAGGGAACUGUCAUUAAAUCCUAGUAUUUAAAUCA